AGCCUUAUUUAUUGGCCCUUUUCCUUCUUAUCUUUUUCUUAUAUCAAGAUUCAACCAUCUCUCUCUUUCAUUUUUAGAGAGGGGCCCGAAUCUCCUUUCGCUGCUCGGGGCUGAAAAGCCCAAGGAGAGGACCCAGUCAUUCAUGGAUUCCUUCGUUGUGGCGAAAAUUUCUUGUGUCUUCUGGGUAUUUUGCAUCUACGCGUAUUUCUCUGAGGAGGAGAGCUGUGUUUUUGUGGUAAUGUGAUGGAGAGAUUGCGUAGAUAUUGAGCUAUGGAUUCUUCUUUCGCUGGAUUUGUGCUUGAUCCAUCAAAGUGCAGUAAGUUGAGUAUGGAGGAGAAGAGAGAACUUGUGUAUGAAAUAUCGAAGUCGUCACAUGGUGCCCCUGAAAUGCUACAGUCAUGGAGUCGUCGGGAGAUUUUACAGAUUCUCUGUGCAGAAAUGGGGAAAGAACGAAAGUAUACUGGCUUGACAAAGUUCAAACUGAUAGAGCAACUCCUCAAAAUUGUAUCUGAAAAGAAGUCUGGAAUACCGGUGGAUGGUGCUGAACCUGAACCACGGCCUGCACCUGCUAACAGCCAAAGCUCUUCCAAGAGGCAGAGAAAAACUGAUCAUCCUUCCAGACUGCCCAUUGUGACAAACGAUACAAUCACCAUCGAUGGUGAUGGAGAUCAAGGUAAAUCUGUCUUCUGCCCAAAUUCUGCUUGCAAAGCUACCAUACAACGACAGGAUGCAUUUUGCAAGAGGUGCUCGUGCUGCAUCUGUUAUAACUACGAUGACAACAAAGAUCCUAGCCUUUGGUUGGUUUGCAGCUCGGAACCUCCCUAUGAGGGUGAUUCAUGUGGACUAUCAUGUCAUCUUGAUUGUGCUCUUAAGCACGAAAAAGCUGGCAUUGCUAAGGUUGGGCAACAUGGAAGACUCGAUGGGAGCUUUUACUGUGUAUCUUGUGGAAAAGUGAAUGACUUGCUUCGAUGCUGGAAGAAACAACUGGUGAUGGCAAAAGAUACUAGACGGGUAGACACACUGUGUUAUCGUGUCUCUUUAUGCCAAAAGCUUCUCAGUGGAACUGAAAAGUAUCAAAAGCUGCAUGAGAUUGUUAACAUGGCUGCAAAGAAGCUUGAAGCUGAUGUGGGAACUUUAACUUUAGUUAAUUCACCUGUAAAGAAGGCACGGGGGAUUGUCAACAGGCUCCCUUCUGGCCAAGAGGUUCAGAAACUUUGUACUUCUGCAGUGGAGUUGCUGGACUCAAUGCUUUCAUGUGCUGUCUCGCUUCCGCCAUCCAAUCCUGAGAUCCAAGAAUCUGCAGAGUCCUGUGUAAUGUCUCCACCCCUUAUCAGGUUUGAAAAUGUCUGUCCGACAUCUCUUACUGUGGUCUUUAGUUCUGAAGAUGCAUCAUUGCAAGUACAUGUGGUGUACAUGAUGUGGCAUCGCAAGGCGGAUGAUCUGGACUAUCCAGUAGAACCAACUUAUUCAACGGACAUGCGAAACUCAAAGUUUUUUAUGUUUGAUCUCUCUCCAGCUACGGAAUAUCUGUUCAAGGUUGUUUCCUUGUGUGGCAAGGGAGAGCUUAGUACAUCGGAAGCUAGAAUCACAACAAGCUCUGCAGAGAGCUGUAUCUCUAAGAGCUUGGUAGUAGAAGGAAGCCAAAGCCCUGCAACUAACAGUAGUACUGUGUCUAAUCCAUCUUCAGAAGCUGAUGAAUCUAAUAAUAUCAUUGUGGACAGGAAUGAGAAAGAUAAACUCCCUGGUCGUUUCUUAAAUUUUGUGAGAAAGGAGCUGGUUGAUUCAAACAAAUUAUCUGAUGCUUCUGGGAAAGUUAUAUGCAACUCUCAGAAGACAAAUUCUGGCUCAGGGCAAGAACAAACACUGGCAGAUUUUGGUUCUGCACUGGAUGAGGAGCAUGCGGUGGUGGAAGUGGUGCCUAUAUCCAGCUUGACAAUCCAAAUGGAAUCUCACAGAGAUUCCUCAAACUCAACCGUUGGCAACCAGGUGUCUGAUGUCAUCAAAUCUGAUAAUAUGCACUCACCUGAGGGUCGAUUGGUUGAGGAUUUGAUCACAGAUAAAGGGAUAAACACCCCCAUCAGAAAGGAAAUGGAAAUAGUUCUUUCUGAGGCUGUUCUUCCCAUUACACCCUGCAAGUUGGAGAUUGGUAAGGAUGGACCUGGAAGGAGUGGGAGACCAAAAGCCUGCACCGAGGAGCUUGAUGAUGGAUCUGGGAAGGGGGAAGAACCACAAGCUGGAAGCUCAUCAAAGAUGCAGAGCGAAGGAAGGUGGGAUGACGGGUGUGGUCGAGAUGGGUCUUUGGAUGGAGAGUAUGAAUACUGUGUCAAACUGAUAAGGUGGCUGGAAUGUCAUGGACAUAUUGAGAAGAAUUUUAGGGUGAAGUUCCUGACGUGGUAUAGUUUGCGAGCUACCCCACAGGAGAGGAGAAUCGUGAAGGUGUACGUUGAUACUCUGUCUGAUGAUCCAGCUUGUCUUGCAGGGCAGCUGAUCGACACUUUCACAGAAUGUAUAUCCAGUAAGAGGUCAUCAUCAGCCAUGCCAACUGGUUUCUGCAUGAGGCUAUGGCAUUGAUUCUUAGAUUGGGGCCAAGUGGGAGGGGUGCAGCACUUGAUAGGUAAAUGAUUCUUGUAUGCAAGCCCAAUUGGGGUUUGUGUGUCCGCCAUUUUUUGGACCCAGAUUUAACAUUCUUCAUUAGACAAUACCCUUUACAUAGAUCAGCAUUGUCAUUUUGAUUAUAUUGCAAGAGCAAUGGAGCUAUUUUCAGUUAAUGGAACAGUAGCUGUCUCAUUCAUGGAAA